ACUCUCUCGGUGACUGCAGAGUGGAUCAGUGGAACAACCCAACAGAUCUGUACUAUCCCUCUCUGCUCAUCCGCGGCGAGAGACGAGGAGGAGAUCCGAGAUGGCGUUGAGCGGGUGGAGGAGGAGCCCGGCGGCGAGGCGCCCGGCGUCUCUGUGCCUGUGGAUCGCGCUCGUCGCGGCCACCCUGGUGCUCGCCCAGGUGCUCAUCUACCUCGCGAAAAAGUCGAACGCGGACCUGUCGACGGUGACGCACAAGGUCUACUUCGACAUCGAGAUCGAAGGCAAGCCCGCAGGUCGGGUUGUCAUGGGACUUUUCGGGAAGGCUGUUCCUAAAACAGCAGAGAACUUCCGGGCGCUUUGCACAGGAGAGAAAGGAACUGGCAAGAGUGGCAAACCUCUCCACUACAAGGGAAGUUCAUUCCACAGAAUUAUCCCCAGCUUCAUGAUCCAAGGAGGUGACUUCACACUUGGUGAUGGAAGGGGCGGUGAAUCUAUCUAUGGCACAAAGUUUGCUGAUGAAAACUUCAAGCUCAAGCACACUGGACCAGGUUUUCUCUCCAUGGCCAAUGCUGGGAGAGAUACAAAUGGAUCACAGUUUUUCAUCACCACUGUAACUACAAGCUGGUUGGACGGCAAGCAUGUUGUGUUUGGCAAGGUGCUGUCUGGGAUGGAUGUGAUCUACAAGGUUGAGGCCGAAGGCCAGCAGACUGGCACACCAAAGAGCAAAGUUGUCAUCGCAGACAGCGGAGAACUGCCGCUGUGAUGUGAUGAGCUGAAACUGAAACGAUCUUUGAUGGGAGCUGCCUUGCCUGGCUGUAGAACGGUUAUUAGUUGGUCUGUUUAAGUACGUUUCUACCUGAAUUUAAACGUCUCAAGUUUAUCUCGACCAUAAAGUAUAAUGACUUGCUUAUCUGGUGCGAAAUUCCAAGAGUGAGAUGUGGCAAAUGGUCUUACACUACAUGAUUGUGAAAUUCGUUUUCCAUCUUAGUUGCGAAA